AUGGAAGGAAACUCGGCUGAAAAUCCGCACAUUAUACGUCAUAGAGAGAACAAGCGAAGAUAUCGUGCUCGGCAAAGAGAGUAUGUCGAAGGUUUGCAGCGCCGACUGGCUGAUGCGCAUAACCAACAAGUUGCUGGCAUGCGGGAAGUGCAGCUCGCGGGACAGAAAGUCGCCAAUGAUAAUUCCCGCCUUCGGGCCCUUAUCCGCUUCAUGGGAGUGGAAGAUGCGGUUGUUGAAUCCUGGCUUCAUGGAAUUGAGACACCCGCGAGGCAGCUCCCGCGUAUGUCGAAACGCACCAAUUCAAAUAGCGUUUCGACUAAAUCUACCCAAACAUGUUCUGAUCUUGGGCGCGUAUUAUCAGCAAAUAGUUCCUAUCCUGAUGACACCACUUGGGAGCUUCUUACAUCGCCACCCAGCCAGAAGAGUACUUCAACCCUCGAUGUCCAGGGCCUGCGGAACAAAUCCCCUUCAUCGACUCUAGAAACUUUUGACAGCCGUCGGCCUUGUACGUCCGUACCACACAUUCUCGCCCAACCAAGUGUUGAAUCGCAGGGCGUUACUGACCUGACCCCUGCCGGCACGGCAAACGGCGACAUUGAGUGUUCGAUGGCGCAAAAAUUGGUCUUGCCAUUUGCCACUACCAAUGACAAGGUGGACGCCAUCUCCAUGAAGCUAAAAGAAGGAUGCGUCAUUGAUCAAUGUGGUGGUUGCAGGGUUAAAGCUAAGGUGAUGUGGGAAAUCCUAGAGGAUGCAAUGAACGAAACUUGA